AUGACAAGUGGCACAAACUCUUCGGGGUCUUGCUUUUCAUCAAAAAAAAAUUCUAAAAUAGAUGACAACUACUUGAGGGAAUUGAAUGAAGACUUACAGUUAAGAAAGCAGGAACUUCUAGAGAUGCUAAAACCUUUAGAAGAUAAGAACACUCUCUUAUUCCAGAAGCUAAUGGGUAACUUGGAGGAAAAACAAAGAAGUCUGCAGAUCAUGAGACAGAUCAUGUCAGGGAAGGGAUGUGAUGAAUCUUCAGUCAUGGAACUUAUUAAGGAAGCAGAGGAUAUGAAACAGAACCUGGAAAAGAAAAACAAGAUGCUUCGGAAGGAAAUGGAGAUGCUAUGGAACAAGACAUUUGAGUCACAAGAGCUCCAAGAUCAACAGAAAGCAUUACCAACAAAGCCCAAGGCAGACUUGAAAGAUGGAAAGGUGAGCUCUGAAAUCCCCUUUAUGAAGGCUAAGAGUGAGCUAGAGAUAUCAGAUGCAGAGGAAGUGGAGGAUAUGAGGAGGCUAGGAGCACAACCAGAAAAGCAACAGAGGAAAAUAGAAUGGGUCAAAUAUGAGGAACAUCCCAACAUCCUUCAGAAUGGCUUUCAUGGCAAAGUGAUUGAGCUGAGAAUUGAAUCCUUGAGGAACUACCAGAAGGCCAAUGACUUAAAAUUAUCACUGUACCUACAGCACAAUUUUGAGCCAAAACAAGGAGUUUUCAAUCUUCUGAGGCCUCAAGGUAAAAUGGGUACAACUAUGGAGAGAGCAACAACCAACAGAAAUGAAACCAACAUGAGUAUCCCAAGAUCAAAGAACUGCACAGAACAACAAGAAGGAAGUAGAGAAAGUCAGUCUGAUGAUGUAGGAGAGAGGCUCUUUUUUCUGAGGUCAAUGUCAGAUGAAGCUCUGAAGGAUUAG